AUGACCUUUUUUGAUUACUUACAAGGGGCAGGAAUCUUGUCCAAAAUUGAUUUGAGGUUAGGUUACCACCAGUUACGUAUUAAGGAGGAGUAUAUUCAUAAAUCGGCGCUUCGAAUGAGAUAUUCAAAGCUUCUGAUGCUUGACAGGGUAUUAUCGUCAUUUUAUGAAGGAUUUUUUUCGCUUCGCUCAUCCACUAACAUCCUUGAUGAAGAAGGAGAAAAGUUCGAAUGGAACGAGGAGUGUGAAAAGGCAUUUCAAUUGUUGAAGGAGAAGUUAACUACAGCUCUAGUGUUCACCUUACCUGAUCCAACUUUAGAAUAUUCAGUCUAA